ACGUGCACUUAAAAGCGAUGUGGAGGCUUGUGGUUUGCUGCACUAACCGAUCCACAUCAGUCAGAGAACACCAAGAUGCUGCGUUUGAGCCACACACUCAUCGCUAUAUUACUGCGAGUGAUUGUGGCGUACGGAGCCAAAUGGGGCUACACCAAUGGAGAAAGCCAAUGGCUUCAACACUACCCAUACUGUGCUGGACCUAUGCAGUCUCCAGUAGACUUCAAGACAGGGAGGCUCAUCUUUGACGCAUCUUUACGCCCAAUUGUGCUUGAGAACUAUGAUCUGACCGGUCAAGGCACUCUUACUCUGAAAAAUAAUGGACACUCAGUCCUAAUAGUACUUCCCUCAAAGAUGUCCAUCACCGGCCUCCCUCAACGCUACACUGCAGCUCAGCUCCACAUCCACUGGGGCUCCAAAACCAGUCCUCGGGGCUCUGAGCACACGGUCAACGGUAAACAGUAUGCUGCGGAGCUGCACAUUGUUCACUACAACUCAGAAAAGUACCCCAACGUAUCCAUGGCUUUUGACAAAUCUGACGGUCUGGCUGUACUGGGUGUUUUUAUUGAGAUUGGGGCCUCCAGUCCAGGCUAUGAAAACUUUUUAUCACAUCUCAGUCAAAUCAAAACCAAGUCUAACACCAAAACAAUUCCUGCUUUUGACAUCAGCUCUCUGAUGCCGAAGCGUCUGGAUGAGUAUUUCCGGUACGACGGCUCUCUGACGGCACCACCUUGCUAUCAAAGUGUAAUGUGGACAGUGUUCAAGAAACCUGUCACCAUCUCUCAUUCUCAGUAUGACACCUUGACAGCAACCCUCCUCGCCUCCCCGGCCAAUCACGUCACUCCCGUGCCUCUUGUUAACAACUUCAGGAAUCCACGCCCUAUUGAGAACCGUGUUGUCCUGACCUCCUUUAAGCAAGGAGUGACAACCUAUAUGUCAGCCACCUGCAUCCUCCAGAGGAAAGCAAUCAUCCGCCAACUGUUGGUUGGUGACGUAGAGGAGGUAAUUGAAAGUGGACUCCUGCCACAAAGUGCCACCAAGUUGCUCUAUCAGGGGUAUACAAAAACAGAACACACUGGAUUUACAUCGUCAGUUAAAACUUCAUAUGAUCGGCUGGCGAAGUUGCAGGAGAUCACUCAGCCGACAUUGGCCUUUGGCUCAUUGCUGCAACAGAAGUCUCUGGAGAUCAAACAGUCCACAACCACCAAGAGCCUGCCCGUUUCUCUUGCUGAGGCCGUACUCCCUAAACUCAAUCUCAAAAGCUACCUGGCCUGUAAGGCAGACGUCGUUCCCGCAACCAUCAAGUUUCUCCUCAGUGGACGGCCCCUGGUGGGGGAAGAGGAUUUCUUCCUGCUUGACCCAUACCUUGACAGUUAUACAAUGCAUCCUUGGCUUGUGCAAAGGGAGUGGGAGGACUAGAUGCCUCACAUAGUGGUGUAAUUUUCUGUUGCACACAUCAGCCAUGUGUUUCAACCAUGUUAUUCAAGUUAAAUUAUUUAUUCCAGUGUGUGGACAUAAUAAGAAAUUAUUUUUGUGAUCAUUUACAAUUCUGAUUCAAUUCACACACUGUGUACCAAUUAUAUCAUCGGCCAUAUUGAGCUAACAUUACAACCAAGAUUGUUUGAGCUACAGCACAUUUUGGGCUUUGGGUUCUCUA